AUGAGGACAGGACAGACCUGCUACCCUGGAACAGGUGCUCCAGCAGCCAAAGGACCCCAGGAGAUGGCUCUUUUUGCCUUCCGUACCUUUGGGGUGACAACGGUGCCACCCCAUGUCCAGGGGGCUGCCUGCACUCCCUGGUCCCUCGCGUUGCGGCAGGCCCAGGGGACAGGCGGUGUUUCAGCCAGGUUGCUGCAUGAUUGGGGGAAAAAAACAGUGCAUGACCAUCCUUUCACUGCCAGCACUGCUUCCAAACAGCCAGGAAUGGAGUUUUCAUUCUUCUGCAGCCACAGCUGCUCAGCCAAACACAUUACUUUGGGCACAAGGGAGAAGAUAUGGCUGUUUGUUUCUCUGACAUAUUUGUUUCAGGGAGUUACAUAUUCAGAAGAACUGAGAAGAAUGAAGAGAGCUGUGGAUCCUGAAGCCUUUAUGAGUAUUAAUGAGCUCAUUACUUACAAAGGGUACCCCAGUGAGGAAUAUGAAGUGGUGACACAAGAUGGUUAUAUCAUUUCCAUUAACAGAAUCCCUUAUGGUACUCAGAAUCAAGGAAGCCCAGCUUCAAGACCUGCUGUGUUUCUCCAGCAUGGAUUAUUGGGUGACGCUAGUAACUGGGUCACAAACCAGCCCAACAACAGCUUGGGCUUCCUACUAGCUGAUGCUGGAUUUGAUGUUUGGAUGGGAAAUAGCAGAGGGAAUCGCUGGUCAAGAAAACAUCAAAAGUAUUCCAUUGAUCAAGAUGAAUUCUGGGCUUUCAGUUUUGAUGAGAUGGCAAAGUUUGAUCUUCCAGCAGCAAUAAAUUUCAUUUUGGAGAAAACAGGACAGGAAAAGUUGUACUAUAUUGGCUAUUCACAAGGUACUACCAUUGCUUUCAUUGCAUUUUCAACAAUGCCAGAGCUGGCUCAAAAAAUCAAACUCUUCUUUGCAUUGGCACCUGUCACUGCUAUUAAGUAUGCUAAAAGCCCAGUAACAAAACUCCUCUACCUUCCUGAAAAAAUGCUCAGGGGUAUGCUUGGCAACAGAGAAUUCCUUCCCCAGACUGAGUGUCUAACAAGGAUAAUAGCCCCUGUCUGCAGCCACCAAGCUUUUGCCAGGCUUUGUAGAAGUGUCUUCUUCAAUCUGGGUGGCUGUAACCUGAAAAACAUUGAUGUGAACCGAAUCAAUGUGUAUAUUGCCCAAACCUCUGCUGGAACUUCUGUGCAGAAUAUAGUCCACUGGAGUCAGGAGGCCCGCUCAGGGAAGUUCCAAGCUUAUGACUGGGGCAGUUCAAAGAAGAACAUGGAAAAAUACCAACAGACUACUCCUCCUCUCUACAACAUAGAAGAGAUGACUGUACCAACUGCAGUAUGGACUGGGGGACGAGACCAGCUCGCAGAUCCCAAGGAUGCAGCCAUUUUAUUGUCUAAAAUUAAGAAGCUUAGCUAUCAAAAGAAGAUUCCUGAAUGGGCACACCUGGAUUUCAUCUGGGGAUUGGAUGCACCUUUGCAUGUGUACAAUGAAAUUAUUGACCUGAUGCAGAAGUAUCCUUAG